AGCUCGAGAGAUGCAAUGAGCAGUUUUAUACAUUCUUCUCAUCAUCAUUAAACGCUAGGCUACUUUACAUCAACAUGAAGAACACUUUUACAAGAAAUGUGUUGUUUGUAGUAUUUUAUCAUCUUUUUCAUUUGUGCGGUGUGUUUGGUGCUGAUGCAGAUGAAGUGAAGUCAGUGAUGGAGGGAGAUUCUGUUACUCUACACACUCAUCUUACUCACAUACAGAGCUAUUCUCUGACAUUGUGGAGGUUUGGAGACGAAGGCGUUACCAUAGUUCGAAUCAACAGAGAUAAGAUCAUAUAUAGUGAUAUUCCAGCAUUCAGAGACAGAAUGGUGCUGGAUGAUCAGACUGGAUCUCUCACCAUCACAAACAGCAGACCCAAACACUCUGGACUUUAUAAGAUAGAGAUCAACAACAGCACCGGGACGUCAUUGAAGAAAUUCCGUCUUACGGUCUAUAAUUCUCCGCUUUUGAUCGAAGCUGAAAAAGGUGAAUUAAAGACGGUGUCGGUGACGGAGGGAGAUCCUGCCUCUCUGAUGAUGGAAGUUGUUGAAAUACAGAGAUAUGAUCUGAUAGUGUGGAGGUUUGGAGAUGACGGCAUUCUUAUAGUGAAGGGUGACAGAGAAGACAAUAAGACCACAUUUAGUCAUGAUGAGACAUAUGGAGACAGACUGGAGCUGAACUAUCAGACCGGAUCUCUCACCAUCACAGACGCCAGAAUCACAGACGCUGGACUUUAUAAAGCAAAGAUCAGCGGUGACAGAAGAGCCGAAUACAUGAGAAUCAUUCUUACUGUCAGUGCAUCAGGUGUGUCUUCAGGUGGUGUCGCAGGUAUAGUUAUUGUUGUUCUGAUGGCCCUGUCUGGAGCUGUCGGUGUAUUUGUGUUUUUCUAUCGCCGCAGAACCUCUGAAAUAAAAAAACAAAAUGAUGUAUUCGUUGAUAAGUCAGUGUUAAUAAAGCCGGAAGAUUCUGUCAUUCUAGACACCGGUGUUAAAGAAAUACAGAAAGAUGAUGAGAUAACGUGGAUGUAUGAAGGCGCAUCAAUAGCUAAAAUCAAACAAAAUCAAACUGUUGAAAAUAUGGAUGCGAGAUUCAGAGGCAAACUGAAGCUGAACCCUCAGAAUGGAUCUCUCACCAUCAAAGACACCAAAACUGAGCUCGCUGGACUCUACAAAGUAAAGAUGAGACUUCAAGAUCUCCCAUCAGCCCAGAUAAUCAAUGUUUCUGCCAGUGAUAAACUGUCUGUGAAUGAAGGAGAUUCUUUCACUUUAAGCUCUGGUCACACUGAACUAAGAGACAGUGUCAUGACAUGGAGGUUAGGAGACAAACAUAUAGCUACAGUCAAUGGAAGUCAGGCAUCUGUUUGUGUUGAAGAGAGAUUCAGAUACAGAGUUCAUGUGGACCCUCAAACUGGAUCUCUGACCGUCAGAAACAGCAGAACUGAAGAUUCUGGACUUUAUCAACUACAGAUCGGCGGCAGAGAGAAAUCAGAAAGGAAAUUCACUGUUAGAGUCUGUGAGAAAAUUAAGGAGGUGUCAGUGAUGGAGGGAGAUUCUUUCACUCUUCACACUGGGGAUGUUUUCACCCAGAAGCCGGACAUGAUCAAGUGGGAGUUUAAAUACAGUUCUAUAGCUGAACUCAUUGGAAUAAAACCUGUUGUUAGUGCUGUUGAUAAAGAUGACAGAUUCAGAGGCAGACUGGAGCUGGACCAUCAGACGGGAUCUCUCGCCCUCACAAACAGCAGAACCACAGACUCGGGACUUUACACACUAAGAAUCACCCGUGGCGUAACAGAGGACUCAGAAUGGAAAUUCAGCGUCACUGUCCGGAGCUGGGCUCCUUGGGAAAAACGUCCAGAGCUGAGAGAAGGGAAAAUGAAAACAGUGUCAGUGGAUGAGGGAGAUUCUUUAACUCUCAGCACUGGGGAUGCUUUCAUACAGAGUCCUGAUAUGAUCAAGUGGAUGUUUGAAAACAUUUGUAUUGCUGAAUUCACUGGUAUACAACGUCCUGCUGCUGAUGUUGAUAAAGAUGACAGAUUCUCAGGCAGACUUGAGCUGGACUAUAAGGAUGCAUCUCUCAACAUCACAAACAUCACAAGCAAAGACUCUGGACUUUAUAGACUGAGAACCAUAACAGGGGAUUCAGAAAGAAAAUUCAAUGUCACUGUCAGAGGUGUGUUUGGUGCUGAUGCAGAUGAAGUGAAGUCAGUGAUGGAUGGAGAUUCUGUUACUCUACACACUCAUCUUACUCACAUACAGAGCUAUUCUCUGACAUUGUGGAGGUUUGGAGACGAAGGCGUUACCAUAGCUCGAAUCAACAGAGAUAAGAUCAUAUAUAGUGAUAUUCCAGCAUUCAGAGACAGAAUGGUGCUGGAUGAUCAGACUGGAUCUCUCACCAUCACAAACAGCAGACCCAAACACUCUGGACUUUAUAAGAUUGAGUUCAACAACAGCACCGGGACGUCAUUGAAGAAAUUCCGUCUUACGGUCUAUAAUUCUCCGCUUUUGAUCGAAGCUGAAAAAGGUGAAUUAAAGACGGUGUCGGUGACGGAGGGAGAUCCUGCCUCUCUGAUGAUGGAAGUUGUUGAAAUACAGAGAUAUGAUCUGAUAGUGUGGAGGUUUGGAGAUGACGGCAUUCUUAUAGUGAAGGGUGACAGAGAAGACAAUAAGACCACAUUUAGUCAUGAUGAGACAUAUGGAGACAGACUGGAGCUGAACUAUCAGACCGGAUCUCUCACCAUCACAGACGCCAGAAUCACAGACGCUGGACUUUAUAAAGCAAAGAUCAGCGGUGACAGAAGAGCCGAAUACAUGAGAAUCAUUCUUACUGUCAGUGCAUCAGGUGUGUCUUCAGGUGGUGUCGCAGGUAUAGUUAUUGUUGUUCUGAUGGCCCUGUCUGGAGCUGUCGGUGUAUUUGUGUUUUUCUAUCGCCGCAGAACCUCUGAAAUAAAAAAACAAAAUGAUGUAUUCGUUGAUAAGUCAGUGUUAAUAAAGCCGGAAGAUUCUGUCAUUCUAGACACCGGUGUUAAAGAAAUACAUGAAAAAGAUGAGAUAACGUGGAUGUAUGAAGGCGCAUCAAUAGCUAAAAUGAGGGGAGAUCAAACUGUUGAAAAUAUGGAUGCGAGAUUCAGAGGCAAACUGAAGCUGAACCCUCAGAAUGGAUCUCUCACCAUCAAAGACACCAAAACUGAGCUCGCUGGACUCUACAAAGUAAAGAUGAGACUUCAAGAUCUCCCAUCAGCCCAGAUAAUCAAUGUUUCUGCCAGUGAUAAACUGUCUGUGAAUGAAGGAGAUUCUUUCACUUUAAGCUCUGGUCACACUGAACUAAGAGACAGUGUCAUGACAUGGAGGUUAGGAGACAAACAUAUAGCUACAGUCAAUGGAAGUCAGGCAUCUGUUUGUGUUGAAGAGAGAUUCAAAGACAGAGUUCAUGUGGACCCUCAAACUGGAUCUCUGACCGUCAGAAACAGCAGAACUGAAGACUCUGGACUUUAUCAACUACAGAUCGGAGGCAGAGAGAAAUCAGAAAGGAAAUUCACAGUUAGAGUCCGUGAGAAAAUUAAAAAGGUGUCAGCGAAUGAGGCAGCUUCUUUAACUCUCCACACUGAGGUUGCCUUCACAAGGAGGCCUGAUAUGAUCAAGUGGAUGUUUGGAGACAUUUGUAUAGCUGGAUAUGUUGGAAAAAGUCCUGCUCAUGAUGUUAAUAAUGAUAGAUUUAAAAACAGACUGGAGAUGGACCCUGCGACUGGAUCUCUCACCAUCGCAAACACCAAAACCACAGACUCUGGGCGUUACACACUGAUGAUCAGCCCUGACUUAACAGGGGAUUCACAAAGGAAAUUCUUUGUCACUGUCAGAGGCCGGCCUCUUUGGAAAAAAUGUCCACAGCUGAGAGAAGAUGAGUCAGAUAAACUUCCAAUGAAUCAAGAGUCACACAUCGGAACGCAAAAGCAGACAGAAACUACAGUAAAUGCACAAGAUGAGUCAGAGCCAGAAGUGACUCCAGACUCACUCAGCAGCGAGCAGACAGAUAAACUGUCUGUGAAGAAGGGAGAUUCUUUCACUUUAAGCUCUGGUCACACUGAACUAAGUGACAGUGUCAUGACAUGGAGGUUAGGAGACAAACAUAUAGCUACAGUCAAUGGAAGUCAGGCAUCUGUUUUUGAUGAAGAGAGAUUCAAAGACAGAGUUCACGUGGAUCCUCAAACUGGAUCUCUGACCGUCAGAAACAGCAGAACUGAAGACUCUGGACUUUAUCGACUACAGAUCGGCGGCGGUGACUACAGCACAGAGAAAUCAGAAAGGAAAAUCAUCGUUAAUGUAUGUGAGAAAAUGAACACGGUGGCAGUGAUGGAGGGAGAUUCUUUCACUCUCCAUAUUGAGGAUAUACAGCGGGCUGAUACGAUCAAGUGGAUGUUUAAAAAGUUUAAGAAAACCACUUGUAUAGCUGAAAACGUUGGAAAUACGCCUGCUGCUGCUCUUGAUGUUGAUAAAGAUGACAGAUUCAGAGGCAGACUGGAGCUGGACCGUAAGACUGGAUCUCUCACCAUCACAGACACCAGAAAGACAGAUUCUGGACGUUACACACUGAUGAUAAAUCCUCCCAUAAAUGGGAAUUCAGAAUGGAAAUUCAGUGUUACUCUCAAUGAUAAACUGUCUGUGAAGAAGGGAGAUUCUUUCACUUUAAGCUCUGGUCACACUGAACUAAGAGACAGUGUCAUGACAUGGAGGUUAGGAGACAAACAUAUAGCUACAAUCAAUGGAAGUCAGGCAUCUGUUUUUGAUGAAGAGAGAUUCAAAGACAGAGUUCAUGUGGACCCUCAAACUGGAUCUCUGACCGUCAGAAACAGCAGAACUGAAGACUCUGGACUUUAUCGACUACAGAUCGGCGGCGGUGACUACAGCACAGAGAAAUCAGAAAGGAAAAUCAUCGUUAAUGUAUGUGAGAAAAUGAACACGGUGGCAGUGAUGGAGGGAGAUUCUUUCACUCUCCAUAUUGAGGAUAUACAGCGGGCUGAUACGAUCAAGUGGAUGUUUAAAAAGUUUAAGAAAACCACUUGUAUAGCUGAAAACGUUGGAAAUACGCCUGCUGCUGCUCUUGAUGUUGAUAAAGAUGACAGAUUCAGAGGCAGACUGGAGCUGGACCGUAAGACUGGAUCUCUCACCAUCACAGACACCAGAAAGACAGAUUCUGGACGUUACACACUGAUGAUAAAUCCUCCCAUAAAUGGGAAUUCAGAAUGGAAAUUCAGUGUUACUCUCAAUGAUAAACUGUCUGUGAAGAAGGGAGAUUCUUUCACUUUAAGCUCUGGUCACACUGAACUAAGAGACAGUGUCAUGACAUGGAGGUUAGGAGACAAACAUAUAGCUACAGUCAAUGGAAGUCAGGCAUCUGUUUGUGUUGAAGAGAGAUUCAAAGACAGAGUUCACGUGGAUCCUCAAACUGGAUCUCUGACCGUCAGAAACAGCAGAACUGAAGAUUCUGGACUUUAUCAACUACAGAUCAGCGCCAGAGAGAAAUCAGAAAGGAAAUUCACUGUUACUGUCCGUGACCGCCGGAUUCUUAGGAAAAAAAAUCCAAAGCCGAGAAAAGCACCUUCGACAGAAAACCAAGGGAAUGAUUCAGACUCGACACACACAGAAGAUCCUUCAGACAGAGAUGCUUUGUUGGUGAAAAAGGCUGCUGAUGUUCCAAAUGAUCAAGAGGAUAUAUGAGUCUACAAGAAUGUAUAUGAUGUGCAGUAUAUAAACAUCACUGAUAUUUUAUAUAUUUUAAUGAGAAGAAUAUAGAAAAUGCAAGGAGUAUAUUCAAAUGUAAGCAAUCGAAAUUGUGCAUUUUAUCUUUACACUGAAUGUGAAUGCAUGCAGCAUCAGUACAGAUAAUCUGCGGUUCGGUCUUCUUGUUGUCUGAUCUUUUCUGCCCUCUAGUGGACAAACAAUAUUGCAGGUUUUCAUUCUUCGGAUACAGCUGUGUGUAGUUUUGCCUCAAAGUUCCGUGUCAACUCAUGUAGCCUAACCAAAUAUUGUGUAUUGUGAAAUUAAAUAAAAGUUGUCU